AUGCCGGGGCUGGAGAUACCGGCCCUAGAUAGAAUUGAAAACAAACUGCGAGACCUGAUGACCUCCAUGGCCACAAGAACCGACCUCCAGACCCUGACUGCCACCAAUCAGGAAACGCUGCGGACGGGGGUGGCGGGGAUCCGCGCAGAGAUAACCGCGCAAGCGGGCCGUAUCACCACGACGGAAGAGGCAACUGCGGCCCUCAAGACCUGCAUGGCAUCCACUGACACAGCGGUGCACGCCAGGGCAAAAUGCUGCUCUCCAUACGCCGUCACCGGGAAGAUGUGGAUAACCGGGGCAGGAGAUGCAACAUCCACGUCCGCGAAGUGCCAGAAGCCGAAGGGACGGAAAAUGUUGAAGAGGUACUCACAGUGCUUUUCCAAUCCCUCUUACAGUUGCCUCAGCCACGCCAUAUAG